GUCACCUCUUCAUUAUUAUUUCACCAUGACCAAACACUGGUUAGUAGCUCUCUUAGCAGUUUUGUGUUUGACUAAAUCAGGUCUCUGUGGGUCCAGUGGUGAAAACCAACUGGGAUCCUGCAGGAUUGUGUGUGACCCCUCCACAGACCGCUCAACUGACCGUAGCAAUGGCUUGGUGAUCCCUCUUGCCUCUUCUGGAGUUGGACCUCCUGGUCCAGCUGGGCCUCCAGGUAAAGCAGGCCCUCCUGGCUUACCUGGACCCCGGGGUAAGAGCGCCAUAACAAAUGGAGGUGUAGCAUUUUAUGCUUCACUGAAGGAUGAAAUCGAAAACAAUGCAGUGCUGAAAUUUACUGAUGUGAUAACUAAUCUGGGAGGUGGUUAUGAUUCCUCUACUGGGACAUUCACCUGUAAAACACCAGGAGCGUACUACUUCAUCUUUCACAUUGUGAAGUGUGGGCAAAGUCUACGAGUGGACUUGGUUCUUAAUGAUCAAACGGUUGUGGCCACUGCAAUAGCUGUGGACAUCCUUCAUACGGACACGGCAAGCAACAGUGCAGUCGUGCAGCUGAAAGCCGGAGACCGGGUCUAUGUCCGUCUGAACAACACUGACCUGAGCAAGAAACAAUCAACAGACCGCUUAAGUACUUUCUCUGGUUACCUGCUGUACGAGAUCUGAGAAAGGCAGGAUUCUUCCUUUUUGCUUCAAACUUUUUCUUUCCGUUUGAAUGAGACUGCUUUGCAUUCAGACUGUGGGUCUGUUAUUGAAUAAAGAAUGAAUUUUCUGGCAGUCUGCCUGACUGAAUCUUU